CGUGACAACGCCGCGCCCCUUCGACAUCUUUCAGGAAAUUAAUGUGAGGGAAUAAGAAAAGCUGGAACUCCGAGCCCUUAACGAAGACGAAGGAAGUUGUCGAAGGGGGAAGUUCGACUUGAAUGUGGCGGACAGCGAACCAGAUACAAGAAGAUGCUUGUUAAGGAAUAUCGAGUCGUUCUUCCCAUUUCUGUUGAAGAGUACCAAGUGGCUCAGCUCUACUCAGUGGCUGAGGCCAGUAAGAAUGAGACAGGAGGAGGAGAGGGAGUGGAGGUACUGAAGAAUGAACCCUAUGAGAAGGAGGAUGGAGAGAAAGGGCAGUACACACAUAAGAUCUACCACUUGCAGAGUAAGGUACCAGGGUUUGUGAGGAUGCUGGCACCAGCAUCAGCUCUCAAAGUCCAUGAGAAGGCCUGGAAUGCUUACCCAUACUGUCGUACAAUUCUCACAAAUGAGUACAUGAAGGAUAACUUUAUGAUCAUGAUUGAAACAUGGCACAAGCCUGACUUUGGUGACCAAGACAAUGUACACAAGCUUGAUGAAGACACAUGGAAAAAGACUGAGGUCGUUUACAUUGAUAUUGGAGACAGGAGACAAGUAGAAGACAAAGACUACAAAGCUGAUGAGGAUCCAGCAACAUUCAAGUCAUCGAAGACGGGAAGAGGGCCUUUAGGACCUCAGUGGCGAAAAGAGCUACCUCAGAAGACCAACUGUCCACACAUGUGUGCCUAUAAACUUGUCACUGUCAAGUUUAAGUGGUUUGGCUUGCAAAAUAAAGUGGAAGGCUUCAUCCACAAGCAAGAGAAGCGGUUGUUCACCACCUUCCAUAGGCAGCUGUUUUGCUGGAUAGACAAGUGGAUUGACUUGACAAUGGACGACAUUCGACGGAUGGAAGAAGAGACCCAAAAGGAACUUGAUAAGAUGCGAGACAAGGACCCAAUAAAAGGGAUGUCCGCCUCAGAUGAGUAAAGGCCCUGCAGCUGGGACUAUAUAUUGCCCUGUGAGCAGCAGUAUUGUCCAUGUCCCAGGCAGUGUGUGAGAGGAUGUCUUUCCUCUAGAUCUACUCUAUUAUGGUGCCUCCCCGAAGUCCUUCUCCCACAACCGCAGAGCUUGUACACACCAUAAAACCCUCCUAAAGUGGAUUCUUACAUUAGACAAUAAUAUCUAAUUAUAUAACUAAUUAUUCAUCUUUAUUUUUAAGGUUUACUGCUUUUAUUUUAGAAAUUUAUUUCAUCAUCAUAGCUCCCCCCAGGUUUUAUUGAGCAGGCUGAUUUUUUUUCUUUUCUUUAUAUAUAUAUAUAUAUAUAUAUAUAUAUGUAAGUCCCCGUACAAAAAGACUGACACCACCACUAUAACACUGUUCUUACACCAGUCCUCUUUAGUUUGAUUUGCUUUAUUCACUUCUUUCCGCUAAAUUUUCCCCACUGUUGUGUGCUCCUAAGCUGCCUUAGGGGUGACAGUCAGUUGCCCUGUAUGUGUGUGUGUGUGUGUGUAGGAGAUUUCAGGCUAGCACUUUCUCCUCACCACGUGACCCACCACUUUUUACACAUCUGAAAAUGGUUGUUGUAAGCAGUAUGGUGUAAUUGUGUUUACAUGAGGUAACCUCAGCCUGAUUGAAUAUGCAUCUUGGGUUUAAGGGAAUGAGGUUAUUUAGCGUCGAUGUUACUUUGUCUUUAUUGUAACGGUUCCAUCGCCGUUACGUUCAUUUUGAAUUUGGUCUGAAAGUUUGGAGUUGUCUACUUUGCCUCGAUUUUAAACUGGGGCACAGACACUAGUUUAUUUAUUCACUGGUAUUUUUACAGUUUGUCAAACUUUCUGGGAUUAUAAAACUGUGUAGGGCUGACAUUUUUCUACUCUUCUGGCAAUUCUGUAUCAUGAUUUAAAAUGGAUCAAUAAAAUGACAGGCUUAUA